GAUGUUUAGCUGGUGUCAAAACGAAAUAUAAGUUCAGAUCUGCUUUCUCUACGUGCUGUUGUCCCGUCUUUCUUUGCAUAUAUAUUGAUAGAUAUCAUCACUCUGAGUCAACAAAUGCCUUUUAAGUGCAUUUUCGGACUCCAUUUUUUUUCUUGUGAAGAACCGAGGCAGAAACCUUUCAGAAGGUGGCAGAUGAAACGUUUCCUCGUGAUCACGGUGACGAGAGCAAGAGCGAGAGGGAGACAGGUUUCGGGGGAAGUUGCAACAUCGGGCUGUGCAAGAUAAAAAAUCUCUCACAUGAAAUCAGGGCUCUUAAAAAAAAAAGAAAAAGAAGACGGCAACAUCUGUGCAGCAACAUCAAACGGACCUUUGAAAGGCAAAAUAUGAUUUCAUUAGGGAUUCCCCCACUUGGUAAACAGCCCGAUUUUGUGUGUGUGUUCAGAGGAAACCUCUGAAAAUGUACUGGGUUUGAUGACGGGAAACACCAAGUCUGCAAUGAUUUCUUUAUUUAUUUUGGUAACUCGCCCCGACUGCGUGGCAGUUGGAUGGAAGUGCCCGCCCGGCCUGUGUCAUACUGCAUUUCACUACGCCUGGAAAAAGAGUCCAGCACCGAUUGUCCUAAUGUGUUUUGUCGAUUCGAAAUGUGUUCUGUCAUAGGUCAUAUGAUGUGACUCCUGACUGUGCCUUCCUCCAUUUGCGUCGAGGUCAGCCCUUAGAUCGUUCCGAAGCUCAAAAUUGAUAGGUUAAGAUCCCCUUUGUUGGCAUUUCCAAAAUAUUUGCACCAGCGGAUAUGAUGCGUAUUCCUUGUCACUUCUCAUUUUGCCUGCGCUACGUCGGCACGACCGGUGCCUUUCAGGCAAACCAUUUCAAGACACGACAUCAAGUGUUGAUCUCAGCCCAAAUAGGAGAAGAGUUACACAGUUAAAGGAGGAUUUACAGCCAGGGGCAACAAUAUGGUUGGAAAUCUCAAAAUGCUCUGUUUUGAUUAAGUGUCAGACCGCUUUUAAUUGAACAAUAUGACUCUUAUCGUACAUUGCAAAAAAAAAAAAGUCCUUUUGAAUGUAUAACGGUAGCACGUGUGAAAUGUGUAAAAGUAACAUUUGAUUAUUUUUUAGUAAAAAAGGGGUAAAUAGGGUCAGUUUACUACAUUUUAAUCAUGUGCAAAUGAAAAUGAAAUCCUUUUUUUCCAGUGUAGUUGUCAUUUUCCAUGGUUGAGAGCACUAUACGUUACCUAGAAAAACAUUACAUUCAAUUCUCAACAUGUUUGAACGAUUUAAUUUGACGUUAUCUACUUUGUGAACUAUUAAUAUAUUCUGGACCAUUAUUUCACUAACAUUGCUUUGUUUUUCUCUGUUUUCUCUUUCUGCCUGCCUUCGCUGGAAAUGAUCACAUACUACAUGUUCACCUACCAUUAGGAUUGGUCAAGCUCGGAGUUCACUGUGUAACGGGCCAGAAGGUCGCCAUAAAGAUCGUCAACCGUGAGAAACUCAGCGAGUCGGUACUCAUGAAGGUGGAGCGAGAAAUAGCCAUUCUGAAGCUCAUAGAACACCCACAUGUUUUAAAGCUACAUGACGUCUAUGAAAAUAAAAAAUACUUGUACCUUGUACUCGAACAUGUGUCCGGUGGAGAACUCUUUGACUAUUUGGUGAAGAAAGGCCGAUUAACGCCGAAAGAGGCCCGGAAAUUCUUCAGACAGAUCAUGUCUGCGCUGGAUUUUUGCCACAGUCAUUCCAUAUGCCACAGGGAUCUGAAGCCAGAGAAUCUGUUGCUAGAUGAAAAGAAUAACAUCAGGAUAGCGGAUUUCGGCAUGGCCUCUCUUCAGGUCGGAGAUAGUCUUUUGGAAACCAGCUGCGGCUCUCCGCACUACGCAUGUCCAGAGGUCAUCAGGGGGGAGAAGUACGAUGGGAGGAAAGCGGACGUGUGGAGCUGCGGGGUCAUUCUUUUUGCCCUGCUGGUGGGAGCGCUGCCGUUCGAUGACGACAACCUGAGGAAUCUGCUGGAGAAAGUGAAGUUAGGAGUGUUUCACAUGCCUCACUUUAUCCCCCCAGACUGUCAGAACCUCCUGCGGGGCAUGAUAGAAGUGGAUGCCUCCAAAAGACUAACGCUCGAACAGAUCCAGAUGCACACGUGGUACAUUUGCAGAGAUGCUCCAACACCCGUGCCAUUGUGCCUUCUCAGAGGGGGCAAGAACGAGCCAGAGCCCGAGCAGCCUGUGCCGCGGAAGGUGACCAUACGCAGCCUCCCAUCUGCAGACGACGUCGACCCGGACGUCCUAGACAGCAUGCACUCUCUGGGCUGCUUCAGAGACAAGAACAAACUGCUGAAGGACCUCCUUUCGGAUGAUGACAACCAAGAAAAGAUGAUCUACUUCCUGUUACUGGACCGUAAAGAGAGGUACCCCAGUCAAGAGGACCAGAACCUUCCCCCUCGUAAUGAGAUAGAUCCUCCAAAGAAACGGGUGGACUCGCCCAUGUUGAACCGACACGGCAAACGGAGACCAGAGAGGAAGUCCAUGGAGGUCCUCAGCGUCACAGAUGGAGGCUCACCGGUGCCGGCCAGGAGGGCCAUCGACAUGACGCAGCAUGGCCAACGGUCGCGGUCUAUUAGUGGAGCCUCCUCAGGCCUCGCCACCAGCCCGCUCAGCAGCCCACGGCCUGUUAGAAAGUUCGGUGUUCCACCUCAAUCCCCUGAUUUGCCGCAGUCCCCCACCACCAGCCCCAGUUCAUCCCCUGAGCCGAUUCCAAAUCGUAGCGGUCCUCGUAUGUCUACACCUAACUCGCUGGCCCCGAGCGCCGAGGCCCUACCGACAACUCCGAACAAGACCCAGACGCUGCCGACCAAACCAAAAGUCGCUCCGAAGCCGCUUCACGCUACACGAUCCAACCCGCUCCCUGAAGCUUCAUUAGACGCGGCAUCCUUGUCCGAGUCCUCGGCUUCCUGCCGUAUCCCGUCACACCCCCCAUCUGCCUGCGUGCCCCCCGCCGCACGCCCCGUUGCUUCAGUGCUAAACAGCCCCCAAGUACGUCGCUCCCAUUUUGCUGCCAACGCCCGACUCUCUGUGCCCUUCAGCCCAGUGGUGCCGCCGUCCCCCAUCAGGCUGCAUCACUUUCACCCUUCUUCAUACGCAGACCACCCACCUAAAUCUAUCCCCCUCAUACAGGUUACCCCCCACCCUUCCCCUCGAGGCAGUCCCCUCCCUACCCCAAAGGGCACACCGGUGCACACGCCCAAAGACAGCCCGGCCGGGACUCCCACCCCGACGCCGCCUCCGAGCCCCUCCAUUGGCGGUAUGCCGUGGAGGACGCGGCUCAAUUCCAUCAAGAACAGUUUCCUGGGCUCGCCGCGAUUCCACCGCCGGAAACUCCAAGUUCCCACACAAGAAGAGAUGUCCAGCCUCACUCCAGAGUCUUCCCCAGAACUUGCCAAAAAAUCCUGGUUUGGUAACUUCAUCAAUCUGGAAAAAGAGGAGCAGAUCUUCAUUGUCAUCAGGGACAAGCCUCUCAGCUCCAUCAAGGCCGACAUCGUUCAAGCAUUUCUCUCGAUCCCAAGCCUGAGCCACAGCGUCAUCUCACAGACCAGUUUCCGGGCAGAAUACAAGUCCACGGCCGGCCCCACGGUCUUCCAGAAGCCGGUCAAAUUCCAGGUGGACAUCACCUACACGGAGAGCACAGCUGCCACCAAGGAGAAUGGCAUCUACUCCGUCACCUUCACCCUGCUCUCAGGACCCAGUCGGCGCUUCAAGCGGGUAGUGGAGACCAUUCAGAGCCAGUUGCUAAGCACACAUGACCAGCCUGGAGUCCAGCAGCUGUCCGACGAGAAGAACGGCCAGGUGCCAUCCAAGCGCUGCCCCUCGCCCGCGCACGCCCGCAGACACGAGCAGGAAAACAAUACCGGCAAAUGUCCGCUCGUCAAGUUGACGUUACAAGAGGAGUCGCUCGAUCAGAACUAGACAGACAACCAAACGGCGUCCCCUCGUCAACUUCAUACAUCUCCCCUCCUCCUUUCUCUGUGCUGCUAAAGUGUGUGCUAACCUGACUUGUCUCUCAUCCCAGGACUUCUUCAGAAAACCUAUUAAGUCCCGUCCCAUCCCUCCCCACUGAUCCCACCCCGAGAGACGGACAUGCACACGGAGGACUGCUUUGGAGAGGUUUGGGUUACCAUGGCAACAGAGCCUUCACGCAGACUUCUACCUUCAUCUCUCCCCACCCUGUGUGCCCGGACAGUAGAAGUAGAUACAAAUACCUUUGGUGUUCACCCCCCCCCCCCCCCCCUCUCAUACACACCGGGCACCCUUGCCUCAGAAAAUAACAUUUUGCUGAGACUCAACAUGCAUACCAGCACAUGUCCAGUCUGCACACUAAACUCUGGGAUAUAUUCGUGAGAAGAAGAAGAUGCAAGCAGGAGCCAGAGAAGAGCCGACACAGACGCUCGCCGGAUUGUAUUUCUUUAUUUUUUGUUCCUUUUAUGUGCAUUCUUUGAGAAGAACUCUUCUCUUAAAAUUCUGACUUUAUCCCAUAUACCAUUACUGCUGCAAAUGAACUGGAACUGUGAUUUCAGAGAGACGUGUAUGGGGGGGGCGGGGGCGGGGGCGGGGGCGGGGGCGGUCGUAACAAUUGUGGACGGGUGGGUGAGUGAGUGUCUGAAAAUGAAUGAUUUAUUCCGUUGGACAGACCGCUAUCAUUUCUGAUGUACAAAGUCAAAGAGUCGUCUCGUUGUGACCUAAUGUCUAGGUAGCCAAUGCGUACUUUUGGUCACAUGAUCCUUUUUGUCUUUCAAUGUUCUCUGCAGCACUUUGUCUUCAACUUCUCCAUCCUGACCUCUCACACUUACUUACCAGCAGUAGGAAUAGAAGAACAAACAAACAUUAUAAUGUGAUACAUGUGCUUAUUUUUAUAUUUUUGGCCCUUAUUUAUUCAUCUCACAUUGUCAUAUCCUAAUUUAUGAUAACUUGACUAUUUAUAUGAACAAAGCUGUUAGGUCAGUUGAAUGUUAUUUAUUAUUAGCCUCUUGUGUGUUUGUAAAUGGGGCACCAUUUGAAGAAAAACAAGAUCUAAUUUUAGCCGAAUGAUGAUGAAUCUUUUCCUCAAUUAUGAGGGGAAAGAUAAUUCUUUUGAUGAAAAAAAAAAAACAUACCAGUGAUUGAAGAAUGUAGACUUAGCCUCUUUUUGGAGAGAGGGAAUGCUCUUUUAUUGCUAUUUGUCAGUUUCUCUCUUAUUGUUUGCAUAGGCUGGGCCUGAGAAAGAUAACAUUGAUCCACAGAUGAUCUCUUUGUAAAUAGACAGUUGAAAAUGGGGUUGAUUGUCUUCUUUACCAUGCUGGGGAUUCCUGCUCUCUACGUUUAGCUUGUGUUGCUGUGUGCAUGUCAAACAUGAGCUUUUCUUUGCAUGGCUUUGGUGUAAAUGUUCCACCCUGAUCAGUCGCCACAAAACUACCUUUUACAUUGUCUGACCUUUGCUGACUUUUGACCCUGGCUUUUAUUUCUAGCCUUUUUGCUCAUUUUUUGUAAUCUCUCCACCCAGCCGCUGAUCUUUUCCUUCUCCUCUUUAUCGUGCGCACAACGUUUUUGAGCAAGCCCUCCUUCGACCUGCCUCGCUCCGCGGAGGACUCGGUCGGAAGUCUGAGCUGUCCAACGUGCGAGUACGGAAGGCACAAGGAGAGGAUAUCAAUACUUAGAACUACAAAGCAAUACCCUCAUGUCAACUCUCCUUUGUUUUCUACAAAUGGAUGGCAAAACGGCUCAGAGGACAGUCGGUGAUUCAGCGAGCCAGAGCAGGAACGAAAGCGACUGAUGUAAUCCCCAUAUAACAUAACAACUGUGAGCAUCAUCAGUAUUGAAAACAAAUAAAAUCGUUCCGUUA